GGGCUCCUUUUGGCGGCAACGGUAAACUCCGGGAGUCACCAAUGGGAGAGGAGCAAGAGCAACACCAAGCACCGGGGCAGCAGCCGGAAUCGCAAGUUGAAUCGACGGAAGUUUCGGAACAGAGCCAGAAGGAGUACUCUUGGCCGGUGAUUAGCUUCGACGCGCUUCCGCAUAGAACCUACCACUUCUACCAGCAGUUCAGGACUAGUCCAAACCCUAACAAUUUUCUCAAAGGUGUUAAAUGGUCGCCGGAUGGUUCGUGUUUCCUCGCGAGCUCAGAUGAUAACACUCUUUCCAUUUUCUCUUUACCUGAUAAUGGAAGCAGUGAUUAUGUUAAUACACAUUCUUCAAUCCCUGCAGAAGAUUCGUUUGCCGCGGAUCUUGUUGUGAGGGAAGGGGAGUCUGUGUAUGACUUCUGUUGGUACCCGUACAUGUCUGCUUCAGAUCCUGUUACCUGUGUCUUUGCUACUACAACUCGUGACCAUCCAAUCCAUCUAUGGGAUGCUACUUCUGGCCUGUUGCGUUGCACAUAUCGAGCUUAUGAUGCUGUAGAUGAAAUAACUGCUGCCUUUUCAAUUUCAUUUAAUCCUGCUGGGACAAAGAUCUUCGCUGGGUAUAACAAAACUAUUAGAGUAUUUGAUGUACAUCGUCCUGGUAGAGAUUUUGCACAAUAUUCAACUCUUCAAGGAAAUAAAGAAGGCCAAACAGGGAUUAUUUCGGCAAUUGCUUUUUCUCCAACCCAUUCUGGAAUGCUAGCUACAGGUUCUUACAGUCAGACCACUGCAAUAUAUAAGGAAGAUAAUAUGGAGCUCUUAUAUAUUUUGCAUGGUCAAGAAGGUGGGAUUACUCAUGUCCAGUUCUCGAAAGAUGGAAAUUAUCUAUAUACUGGAGGGCGGAAGGACCCUUAUAUUAUGUGCUGGGAUGUACGAAAGGCAGUUGAAGUUGUGUACAAGUUAUACAGAUCAACAGAGUCAACCAACCAACGGAUAUAUUUUGAUAUUGAGCCCUAUGGCAGAUAUCUUGGUACAGGUGGUCAGGAUGGCCUUGUUCAUAUUUAUGAUCUACAAACUGGCCAGUGGAUAUCAGGCUAUCAGGCUGCAGCUGACACUGUGAAUGGUUUCACUUUCCAUCCACUCUUGCCAAUGGCUGCUUCUUCAUCUGGCCACAGAAGAUUUCAAAUUCCAGAGGAAGACACUGAGGAGUUGUUUCUUAGGGGUGAUGAAAACUGUGCUUCUGUGUGGAGUUUCUCUUAUACUUCAAUGGCAGAGAAUAGUGCAGGUAUGAAUGCAGGUGAUUUCAACUCACAAUCUGAAAAUGAAAACGUCCACUGUGAUUCUUGAUCAUCCCGCAACAGAAGAUACACUUGCUAUCUUUUAUUUCAGCUCUUUUUGAUGAGAUAUUGCCUGCCUAAUCCUUAAAUUAUAAUAUUUAAUACAGAUCAUGCAAAAAAGUCUGUUGGUGGGGCAGAAUCUCAUGUUCAUUAUUUGCCUAUGUAUGUCCAAAAUUCAAUCUGUGUAAUUGGAUUUCAAGCAAAUUUACAUCCAUCACAUUGUUUAAAAUUUAAAUCUAGGAUGUCCUGUUUGAUCCUUUUCUCCUUUUGAAAGUCAGGAAUCAUAUAGAGAGUUUAGGAAAAUGCUCCUCAUCUGGCUUCUUUGCUUUCAGAACUCCUAACUCAUCCAUUUGUGUACUUUUAAGCUACGAAUCAAAGCAUUUUGUGCAU